AUGGCUCCUGAUUCAACGUUAGUUUCUCAAAAUGUUCAACAAAAACCUCAUUCACCGAAGCGGCAAUUAAGUCGAUCGGAUAGCGAUGAAAAGAUGCCGCACCUACUAGGAAUCGAGUGGGCCCCACUGAGUAUUCCGUUGGAGCGGCGUCUCCAAACUCUGGGUGCUCUUCACUUCUUUUUCAUUACUCUCCUCACACCGGUCAUUGUUCUUCUUUUGCCAUUUUAUUUGCUCUCUACCGUAUUCUGGCCUUUAAUUGUUCUCUAUGCAAUUUGGCUCUAUUUCGAUUGGAACUCUCCGAAACGCGGUGGUUAUCGGUCGGAGUGGUUCAUGAGACAGAGGAUCCAUACCUGGUAUGCCAACUACUUUCCAGUUAAACUUCACACGACUUCCGGAUUGGAUCCAAAUAAGAAUUAUUUAAUUGGUUAUCAUCCGCAUGGAAUUAUUUCGAUGGCGGCUUUUAUAAAUUUCGCAACGAAUGGCACAGGAAUUUUGGAUAUUUUCCCAAAAAUUCACUUUCAUCUUUGCACAUUGGUAGGACAAUUUUGGACUCCAUGGCGUCGCGAAUGGGGACUUUUGCACGGAAUGGUGGAUUGUAGUCGAGAGUCUAUUAAAUACUUACUUAAUAAUACGCGGAAAGGAAAUGCGGUAGUGCUCGUUGUCGGUGGAGCCGAAGAAGCGCUUGAUGCUCAUCCGGGACAUCACAUAUUGACAUUGAGAAGGCGAAAGGGAUUCGUUAGAAUUGCAAUUCAAACUGGAGCUCAUCUUAUUCCUUGCUAUUCAUUUGGAGAAAAUGACAUUUUCAAUCAGGCUGAUAAUCCGAAAGGUUCCACCAUUCGCGAAUUUCAAACUAUGAUGAAACGGAUUUUGGGAUUCUCGCCACCAGCAUUCCACGGUCGCGGUGUAUUCAACUACACAUUCGGAUUGCUGCCCUUCAGAAAACCAAUAAAUACAGUACUCGGCGAGCCAAUCGAAGUAGUGCAAAACUCGAAUCCGACCAGUGAGGAAAUCGAAACGGUCCAUCAGAUUUAUAUGAAAAAACUCAUGGAACUCUUCGAAACUCAUAAAACGAAAUUCGGAGUUCCGGAGAGUGCAAAGCUAAUAAUCAAUUAA